UCUGACCAAUGCGGGUCCUUGGCUCUGUCCUGGGACAUAUAAGAGGGCGAGGGGCCACUGAUCCUCACAUUGCUCUGAAGUCUCACCACAUCAGUCUUCUGCCUUGCUCAGCGUGUCCUACAGAGGUCAUGGAUGUGUUUUCUCAGUCCCAGGUGUACUAUGACUGUGCCUCUUCUCCAGACAGUUUGGACUUUGGUCCUGGAGCAGAGCUGGCUGGUUCUGAGGAGGAUGAGCACAUUAGGGUCCCAGGAGCGCCCCAUCAGCCAGGACACUGUCUGCAGUGGGCCUGCAAGGCCUGCAAGCGCAAGUCAAGCUUUGUGGAUCGCAGAAGGGCUGCCACCAUGCGUGAGCGCAGACGACUGAAGAAGGUCAACCACGCAUUUGAGGCUUUGCGCCGCUGUACCUCUGCCAACCCAAGUCAGCGCCUGCCCAAAGUGGAGAUCCUCCGUAAUGCCAUCCAAUACAUCGAGAGUCUGCAGGAGCUGCUGAGGGAGCAGGUGGAGAACUACUACAACCUCCCAGGAGAGGGCAGCUCUGAGCCCAGCAGUCCACUGUCCAGUUGCUCUGAGGGAAUGGCUGAAAGCAACAGUCCGGUGUGGCAUCAGCUCAAUACAAACUACAACAGCAGUUAUUCGUAUUCUAAAAUUGAUCACUUGAAUGAGAAAUCUGCUGGUGCGUCCAGUCUGGAGUGUUUGUCCAGCAUUGUAGACCGCCUCUCUUCAGUGGAGGCCAGCGGUGGACCCUCAUCUCUACGAGACGUGGCCAGUUACUCCCCCAUCAGCACUGACUCACAGCCCUGCACACCAGACAGUCCCGGUACCAGACCUGUGUACCAUGUUCUUUGAAGGGACAUCUAUUUGGAUAUAAACAAAGCUGCAAAGGAAGAGAAGAUCUGGGCAGACAUGACCAAGUAACUGUGGGAUGAAUAAAGCGGCUUUGAAACUACACGAGAUUGUAAAUAUGUAUGUAUAUGGCAUUUAUUACUCCCAAUAAUUGUACCAAAAUUAAAUAAA